UCCAUUCCGAUGCUUCUGCAGGGCGGAAUCGGUAGUCCUGCCGGGGUUUUGUCUGUUCACGUUCUUGUCUCAGGCGGUGGAGAGUUCUUGGGCUCAGAGUCCAGGGAGAAGGCUGGAGAGUGGUGCUCCCGUCACACAGCCCAUGGUCGGAGCCUCCAGUGGUGUCACAGCUCACACUUGGGAUUGAAACUCCGAGUCACCGCCCGGACCCACGCCAGGGCCGGGACAGGGACCGCCAUUCCUGCAGCGGCUUCUACUCCCGCCCGCUCAGCCCACAGAGGGCAAUGGCGGCGCCUUUGCUGAGGAGACGGGCUGAGGUUGGCGUGACCUUUGAGGACAUUGCCCUGUACUUCUCCAGGGAGGAAUGGAGCCUCCUUGAUGAGGGUCAGAGACAGCUGUACCUGAAUGUGAUGCUGGAGAACUUUGAACUUCUAUCCUCCCUGGGUUGCUGCUGUGGAGCAGAGAAUGUGGAGGAAACGACUGAACAGAAGGUUUCUGUAAGAUUGUCACAGGCAAGGAAUCCCAAGUUAGCCUUGUCUUCCCAGAAGAGUCACCCCUGUGAGAGUUGUGGGCUACCAGAGCAGUAA